CGAGUCAAUAAAUGUUCAUUCAUUUAUCAUAGACGUUUUCAAACAACAACUUUUACCGAAUAAUUAGGGUAUAUUUAAUAUUUGCAAUUCCCUUUUUUUCAUCGAGAAGUGAUUGAAAAUAUUAAGUGGUAAUGACAACUGAACUUAAAUAGUCACAAAUCAGUACUAGCAAAAGAAGGUUGAAAAUGCCUUCCAUUGACGUUAUGAUGCCUCCUGGGCAAGAGGUCAUAGAGGAACCUCAGGCGCCUCCACCGCCAGUUAUUGGUAUUAUUUAUCCUCCACCUGAAGUAAGGAAUAUUGUUGACAAAACUGCUAGUUUUGUUGCUCGUAAUGGGCCUGAAUUUGAAGCUCGUAUAAGGCAAAAUGAAUUGGGAAACCCUAAAUUCAAUUUCCUCAAUGCAGGUGACCCUUAUCAUGCUUAUUAUCAGCAUAAAGUUAAGGAAAUUCGGGAAGGAAGAGGACAAGAUGUUGCACCAGCUCCAGCGCCUCCAAUCCAAAGACCAGGCUUAGCACCUGCCACAGCAGCUAAACAGCAAGAAUUGCUUAAAGCUGCUGCUCCAGUUGAACCUCCACCACCCCGUGAUCCCCCACCAGACUUUGAAUUUAUCGCUGAUCCACCAUCAAUAUCAGCACUGGAGCUUGACAUUGUAAAACUAACUGCUCAAUUUGUUGCAAGAAAUGGAAGACAAUUCCUAACUGACUUGAUGAAAAAGGAAGAACGUAACCACCAAUUUGACUUUCUUCGCCCACAGCAUUCCCUCUUUCAAUAUUUUACACGCCUGCUUGAGCAAUACACUAAGGUACUUCUACCUCCUAAAGAACUUGUUUCAAAGUUGUCCUCUGAAGUGAGAUCUGGAAUUUUGGAACAUGCUCGUACUAGGGCUGCAUGGCAUUCUCACCAAGCUAAGCGAAAGGCAGCUGAUGAAGCAAGAAUUGAAAAGGAAAGAUUAGCAUAUGCAUCCAUUGAUUGGCAUGAUUUUGUUGUGGUAGAAACUGUUGACUACCCUUCUGGGGAACUAGGAGAAUUCCCACCUCCAACAACACCAUUAGAGGUUGGCGCACGAGUUUUGGCACAAGAACGUGGUGAAGAUAUUGCUCAUCAUGACGAAGAUGAUACAGAAAUGCAGAUUGAGUCGGAAUCUGAAUCCGAGUCAGACGAAGAUCUGGCUGAAAUGGAAGAUCGCACACAGCAGCAGCAACGACCUGAUGACAAUCGUGUACAGGAUAUGGAAGAGGAAAGUUCCUCCUCGGAAGACGAACGGAUUCCAGAACCACCAAGGUACACUACAGCCGACGAAGCUCCAUUGGCCCCGCGUCCAGACCGCGUGGUUGUUAAGAAAUACGAUCCUAAGCGUUCUCGACCUCAGCCAGCCCCAGCUAGCGAGGAAUGGUUGGUUUCUCCCAUCACCGGAGAGAAGAUUCCAGCUAAUAAGGUGGCUGACCACGUGAGAAUUGGGUUACUCGAUCCACGCUGGUUGGAACAAAGAGAUCGCGCGGCCGCUGAGCGCACAGACAGGGACGAAGCACUGGCACCAGGAGCUGCCAUUGAAGAAUCACUUAAGCAUCUUGCCGAACGUCGUACUGACAUUUUCGGUGUGGGAGAUGAGGAAACAGCAAUUGGUAAGAAGAUAGGAGAAGAAGAGAAGAAACGAGACGAAAGAGUAACCUGGGAUGGUCACACGUCCAGCGUGGAGGCUGCUACCCGAGCUGCCCGCGCGCAUAUUACGCUCGAAGAUCAGAUUCAACAGAUACAUAAGGUUAAAGGUCUUCUACCUGACGAAGAGAAAGAGAAGAUUGGACCAAAGCCGGUGCCCCUGUCAUCUCGAGCUCGCCCGCCUCCUCCCCCUGCUCCACCCCGUGCACCCGCUCCUCCUUCGGUCAUUCUGCAGCCUAUUCCUCCCCUCAUGGUGAUCCCCCCAAUGCCGCGAGCGUCACUAAUCCCAACCCCAGUCGGUGCCCCCUACGGCUACGUUCCAAACGUUCCAGUGGGUAAUGUGGGAAUGGCUGUCCCGAUACCAGAAGACGACGAACCGGCUUCGAAGAGGCCGAGGACUGAAGAUGCACUGGAGCCGGAGAUGUCAUGGUUGGCCAAACACUCCGGGAAUAUUACCGUUCAGGUAUCACUCCCGCAAGCCCCAGAGCGCAGUGAGUGGCGUUUGGAUGGACGCGUGCUUUCGUUCCCGGUGACACUGAGUUCGACCGUUGCUGACCUCAAAAAUAAUCUGCAGAGAGCCACAAAUAUGCCUAUCGCUAAGCAGAAGUUGCAUUAUGAGGGUCUAUUCUUCAAAGACACGAACUCGUUGGCGUAUUACAACGUUUCGCCCGGCGCGGUCAUUCAACUGCAGGUUAAGGAGAGGGGUGGAAGGAAGAAAUAAUUAUAACUUGCACUAUUUGCGUUUACUGUAACAGUUUGAUUAAAUAAAUAUAUCAUUAA